UAAUGUAAAAUACAAUUGUUUUAGAAAUGUCAGAGUUAGGAGAUCAUUUUGUACCUGACUAUGAGGAAGAACCUCUACCAAACCACGUGCAAGGUUCCACUUUAGGUAAAAAAGGGAAAAAGUGCCCUGUUUGUAAUUCAAAAUUUACACAUGUCCGACGGCAUGUUAUUCAAGAACAUAUUCCUUGGUUUCUUUAUCCAAAGACAUCAUGUUGGACAUGUGAAUUAGGUUUUGGCCAGGAAAGGUUUUUGAGGCUACAUAUAGAAAAAGAACAUUUUGAUGACUCCACAUACUGUAGAUAUGAUAUUAACAUUCAUGGUCAUAUUUGGGUUGAAAAAAUAUCUACUUUAAUCAACAGAUUCAACAAAGUAAAUGUGAUAUCGUUUAUAAAUUCAAAUGAAAAGUUUUCUGCAUGUUUAGGAACAAUUUGGCAAGAGGAUGACCUUGUUCAAAUAAAAUAUUACUUAGAAACAACUCAUCAACACCAGUCAUUACCAAAGUCUCCUUAUCCUGCUCAAAACUUUACAAGUUUGUUUCACUGGAAAAUACUUAGUAUUCUGUUGGAUAUAAGCAGCCCUCCUGCUGAGGUUCUACAAAAUUGUGAACUUACAAAAGAGAAAGACAUACUCAUAAUAGGAUCCUCAAUUAUUCAUUGGGCUCAUCAAAGAUCUAUUGACACCUACUCUACUGACUUAGGUUUACAAAAUUGCAACAUUAAGUGGCAUGGAAUAAGAGGCAUGAGAUGGUCUUCGCUUACAGAAACACUUCACUCUGCUACGAAAGAUAUUAUUCCAAACAUUAUCAUAAUUCAUUUAGGAUCUAAUAACAUCUCCUUUUCAAGUCCUUUUUCUCUCAUUACCAAAAUGAAAAAUGACAUUUCUUCAUACAUGGAGAAUUUUCCAGAUACAAUUUUUAUUUAUUCGGAAUUAUUGUCAAGAAGAGUCUGGGGCAAAAUCGCAGUCUGGGAGGGAGAAAACAAGAAAAUGAUAAUCAAUAGAGAAUUAGGAUCAUUUAUGGAAAGAAGGGGAGGGAAAGUGAUAUUCCAUCAUGAAAUUCAUUGGAAAAACAGAACACUUUUUAGAAGAGAUGGGGUACAUUUGACAGAAAUUGGAAAUGACAUUUUACUAUCAGACUUCAAGGAUGCUUUAAGAAUGUUAUGUUGAUUUUAUAGUGUCAUUACUUUUAAAUUUGUAUAUAUUUGUACAGUGUACUGCUUUUAUACUUAAAUGGCAUUAAGUCGGAUGUUCUGAUUUGUGCCAUAUCCCGGGGCUUAUUAAAACGGGGAGGAAUGUAGUGAUAAAGGUUUUAUAAAAUAGUUCGGGUUCGGGAUACAUAUAUUUGAUACGUCACAAUCAGCUGAUUUACCACCAUAUUAAGCCAGUUGUGAUUAUACCCUGGAUUGACACAGACG